AGCGAGAAGCCGGGCCCGGGCGGCUCGAGCCCUCAGCCCGUGGGGCUAUGCGUCGGGCGAGGGAGGGGCGGGGGGCGGGGGCGGCGUAAAGGCGGGGGCAGCGGGAUGGGGGAGCUGGAGGGGGCGUCCGGCUCCUCGGUGGUGCUGCCCGCGGGGAUGAUUAACCCUUCCGUGCCGAUCCGCAACAUCCGGAUGAAAUUCGCAGUGUUGAUUGGACUCAUACAGGUCGGAGAGGUCAGCAACAGGGACAUCGUGGAGACGGUGCUCAACCCUCUGGUUGGUGGAGAAUUUGACUUGGAGAUGAACUUUAUUAUCCAGGAUGCUGAGAGUAUAACAUGCAUGACAGAGCUUUUGGAGCACUGUGAUGUAACAUGUCAAGCAGAAAUAUGGAGCAUGUUUACAGCCAUUUUACGAAAAAGUGUUCGGAAUUUACAGACUAGCACAGAAGUUGGGCUAAUUGAACAAGUAUUGCUGAAAAUGAGUGCUGUAGAUGACAUGAUAGCAGAUCUUCUAGUUGAUAUGUUGGGGGUUCUUGCCAGCUACAGCAUCACUGUCAAGGAGUUGAAGCUUUUGUUCAGCAUGCUUCGAGGAGAAAGUGGAAUCUGGCCAAGACAUGCAGUAAAAUUGUUAUCAGUUCUUAAUCAGAUGCCACAAAGACAUGGUCCUGAUACUUUUUUCAAUUUCCCUGGUUGUAGUGCUGCGGCAAUCGCAUUGCCUCCUAUUGCAAAGUGGCCUUAUCAGAAUGGCUUCACCCUAAAUACUUGGUUUCGUAUGGAUCCAUUAAAUAACAUUAAUGUUGAUAAGGAUAAACCUUAUCUUUAUUGUUUUCGUACUAGCAAAGGAGUUGGUUACUCUGCUCACUUCGUUGGCAACUGUCUAAUAGUUACAUCACUGAAGUCUAAAGGAAAAGGUUUUCAGCACUGUGUGAAAUACGAUUUUCAACCACGUAAGUGGUACAUGAUCAGCAUUGUCCACAUUUAUAAUCGAUGGAGGAACAGUGAAAUUCGGUGUUAUGUUAAUGGACAGCUGGUAUCCUAUGGUGAUAUGGCUUGGCAUGUUAACACAAAUGAUAGCUAUGACAAGUGCUUUCUCGGAUCUUCAGAAACGGCUGAUGCAAAUAGGGUGUUUUGUGGUCAACUUGGUGCCGUGUAUGUAUUCAGUGAAGCACUCAACCCUGCGCAGAUAUUUGCAAUUCAUCAGUUAGGACCUGGAUAUAAGAGUACCUUCAAAUUUAAAUCUGAGAGUGACAUUCAUUUGGCAGAACAUCAUAAACAGGUUCUGUAUGAUGGGAAACUUGCAAGUAGCAUUGCAUUUACAUAUAAUGCUAAGGCCACUGAUGCGCAACUAUGCCUGGAAUCAUCACCAAAGGAAAAUGCAUCAAUUUUUGUGCAUUCCCCACAUGCCCUAAUGCUCCAGGAUGUGAAAGCUAUAGUAACACAUUCAAUUCAUAGUGCAAUUCAUUCAAUUGGAGGGAUUCAAGUGCUUUUUCCUCUUUUUGCCCAACUGGACAAUCGUCAGCUCAAUGACAGUCAAGUGGAAACAACUGUCUGUGCUACUCUUUUGGCAUUCCUGGUUGAACUACUUAAAAGUUCAGUAGCCAUGCAAGAACAGAUGCUGGGUGGAAAAGGCUUUUUAGUCAUUGGCUACUUACUUGAAAAGUCAUCAAGAGUCCAUAUAACUAGAGCUGUCCUGGAGCAAUUUUUGUCCUUUGCAAAGUACCUUGAUGGCUUAUCUCACGGAGCACCUUUGCUAAAGCAGCUUUGUGAUCACAUUUUAUUCAACCCAGCCAUCUGGAUACAUACACCUGCAAAGGUUCAGCUCUCCCUAUACACUUACUUGUCUGCUGAAUUUAUCGGAACUGCUACCAUUUAUACCACCAUACGCAGAGUAGGAACAGUAUUACAGCUAAUGCACACAUUAAAAUAUUACUACUGGGUCAUUAAUCCUGCUGACAGUAGUGGCAUUACACCUAAAGGAUUAGAUGGUCCCCGGCCAUCACAAAAAGAAAUUAUAUCGCUACGGGCAUUUAUGCUACUUUUUCUGAAACAGCUCAUACUAAAGGACCGAGGGGUCAAGGAAGAUGAACUUCAGAGUAUAUUAAAUUACCUACUUACCAUGCAUGAGGAUGAAAAUAUUCAUGAUGUGUUACAGUUGCUAGUGGCUUUAAUGUCAGAACAUCCAGCCUCAAUGAUCCCAGCAUUUGAUCAAAGAAAUGGAAUAAGAGUAAUCUACAAAUUAUUGGCCUCUAAAAGUGAAAGUAUUUGGGUUCAAGCUCUGAAGGUUCUGGGAUACUUUCUGAAGCAUUUAGGUCACAAGAGAAAAGUGGAAAUUAUGCAUACUCAUAGUCUUUUCACUCUUCUUGGAGAAAGACUGAUGUUGCAUACAAACACUGUGACUGUCACCACAUACAACACACUUUAUGAGAUCUUGACAGAGCAAGUAUGUACUCAAGUUGUACACAAACCACAUCCAGAGCCAGAUUCUACAGUGAAAUUGUGAACCAGAGCAAAUAUGAUUCUUAAGGUGGUGGCAACUUUGUUAAAAAACUCUACACCAAGUGCCGAACUGAUGGAAGUUCGUCGUUUAUUUUUAUCUGACAUGAUAAAACUUUUCAGUAACAGUCGUGAAAAUAGAAGAUGCUUAUUGCAGUGUUCAGUGUGGCAGGAUUGGAUGUUUUCUCUUGGCUAUAUCAAUCCUAAAAAUUCUGAGGAACAGAAGAUUACCGAGAUGGUCUACAAUAUCUUCCGGAUUCUGUUGUAUCAUGCAAUAAAAUAUGAAUGGGGAGGAUGGAGAGUCUGGGUUGAUACACUCUCAAUAGCUCAUUCCAAGGUCACUUACGAAGCACAUAAAGAAUACCUAGCCAAAAUGUAUGAAGAAUAUCAGAGACAAGAGGAGGAAAACAUUAAAAAGGGAAAAAAAGGGAAUGUGAGCACCAUCUCUGGUCUUUCGUCACAGACAACAGGAGCGAAAGGUGGAAUGGAAAUCCGAGAGAUGGAAGAUCUCUCACAAAGCCAGAGCCCGGAAAGUGAGACAGAUUACCCUGUCAGCACAGACACUAGAGACUUGCUCAUGUCGACAAAAGUGUCAGAUGGUAUUCUUGGAAAUUCAGAUAGACCGGGAGGUGGUGUGCAUGUGGAAGUGCACGAUCUUUUGGUUGAUAUAAAAGCAGAGAAAGUAGAAGCCACCGAAGUAAAGCUUGAUGAUAUGGAUUUAUCACCAGAGACGUUAGUAGGUGGAGAGAAUGGUGCCCUUGUGGAGGUUGAAUCUUUAUUGGAUAAUGUAUAUAGUGCUGCUGUUGAGAAACUCCAGAACAAUGUACAUGGAAGUGUUGGUAUCAUUAAAAAAAAUGAAGAAAAGGAUAAUGGUCCAUUGAUAACACUAGCAGAUGAGAAGGAUGAACUUCCGAAUAGUAGUACGUCAUUUCUCUUCGAUAAAAUACCUAAACAGGAGGAGAAACUUCUUCCUGAACUUUCUAGCAAUCACAUUAUUCCAAAUAUUCAGGACACACAAGUACAUCUUGGUGUUAGUGAUGACCUUGGAUUGCUUGCUCAUAUGACUGGUAGUGUAGACUUAAGUUGUACAUCAAGUAUCAUAGAAGAAAAAGAGUUCAAAAUCCAUACAACAUCUGAUGGAACGAGCAGUAUUUCUGAAAGAGACUUAGCGUCAUCCUCUAGAGGGUUGGAGUAUGCUGAAAUGACUGCUACCACUCUGGAAACCGAGUCAUCUGCUAGCAAAAUUGUACCAAAUAUUGAUGCAGGAAGUAUAAUUUCAGAUACUGAGAGAUCUGACGAUGGCAAAGAAUCGGGAAAGGAAAUUCGAAAAAUCCAGACCACUGCUACAACGCAAGCUGUUCAGGGCCGGUCUAUUACACAACAAGACAGAGAUCUCCGAGUUGACCUAGGAUUUCGAGGCAUGCCAAUGACUGAGGAACAGAGGCGCCAGUUCAGCCCAGGUCCACGCACCACAAUGUUUCGUAUUCCUGAGUUUAAAUGGUCUCCAAUGCACCAGCGACUUCUCACCGAUUUACUGUUUGCAUUAGAAACAGAUGUACAUGUUUGGAGGAGCCAUUCCACAAAGUCUGUAAUGGAUUUUGUCAAUAGCAAUGAAAAUAUUAUUUUUGUACAUAACACAAUUCACCUCAUUUCCCAAAUGGUAGACAACAUCAUCAUUGCUUGUGGAGGAAUUUUACCUUUGCUCUCCGCUGCUACAUCACCAACUGGUUCUAAGACGGAAUUGGAAAAUAUUGAAGUGACACAAGGCAUGUCAGCUGAGACAGCAGUAACUUUCCUCAGCCGAUUGAUGGCUAUGGUUGACGUACUUGUAUUUGCCAGCUCUCUAAAUUUUAGUGAGAUUGAAGCUGAAAAAAACAUGUCUUCUGGAGGCUUAAUGAGACAGUGCCUAAGGCUAGUUUGUUGUGUUGCUGUGAGGAACUGUUUAGAAUGUCGGCAGAGACAGAGAGACAGGGGGAGCAAAUCUUCCCAUGGUAGCAGUAAACCUCAGGAAGCUCCCCAAAGUGUGACUGCCACGGCAGCUUCAAAGACUCCAUUAGAAAGUGUUCCAGGUAACCUUUCUCCUAUUAAGGAUCCUGAUAGACUUCUUCAGGAUGUUGAUAUUAAUCGCCUUCGCGCCGUCGUCUUUCGGGAUGUGGAUGAUAGCAAGCAGGCACAGUUCUUAGCUCUAGCUGUUGUUUACUUCAUUUCGGUUCUGAUGGUUUCCAAGUACCGUGACAUAUUAGAACCCCAGCGAGAGACUACAAGAACUGGAAGCCAACCAGGUAGAAACAUCAGACAAGAAAUAAAUUCGCCAACAAGUACAGUUGUGGUCAUACCAUCUAUCCCUCAUCCAAGUUUGAACCAUGGAUUCCUUGCCAAGUUAAUUCCUGAGCAGAGCUUUGCCCACUCAUUUUACAAAGAAACACCUGCUACAUUUCCAGACACUAUAAAGGAAAAAGAAACACCAACCCCUGGUGAAGAUAUUCAGCUAGAAAGUUCUAUUCCACAUACAGAUUCGGGAAUCGGAGAGGAGCAAGUGGCUAGCAUCCUGAAUGGGGCAGAAUUAGAGCCCGGCACAGGCCCUGAUGCCAUGAGUGAGCUGUUAUCCACUUUGUCCUCAGAAGUGAAAAAAUCACAGGAAAGCUUAACGGAGAACCCCAGUGAACUGUUGAAACCUGCACCAUCCAUAUCUAGCAUUAGUCAAACCAAAGGCAUCAAUGUCAAGGAAAUACUGAAAAGUCUUGUGGCUGCCCCAGUCGAAAUUGCAGAAUGUGGCCCUGAACCUAUCCCAUAUCCAGAUCCAGCAUUGAAGAGAGAAGCGCAAGCUAUUCUUCCUAUGCAGUUUCAUUCCUUUGACAGGAGUGUCGUGGUGCCUGUUAAGAAACCACCUCCCGGUAGUUUGGCUGUAACCACUGUGGGAGCCACUGCUGCUGGAAGUGGGCUGACAACAGGCAGUACCUCCAAUAUAUUUGCUGCUACUGGAGCUACACCAAAAAGUAUGAUUAAUACAACAGGUGCCGUGGAUUCAGGGUCCUCCUCCUCUUCCUCCUCUUCUAGUUUUGUAAAUGGUGCUACCAGCAAAAACCUUCCAGCUGUACAAACUGUCGCUCCAAUGCCAGAAGAUUCGGCCGAAAACAUGAGCAUCACUGCAAAACUUGAAAGAGCUUUAGAAAAAGUUGCUCCUCUUCUUCGUGAAAUUUUUGUAGACUUUGCCCCAUUCCUAUCUCGUACACUUCUUGGCAGUCAUGGACAAGAGCUAUUGAUAGAAGGCCUCGUUUGUAUGAAGUCCAGCACGUCUGUGGUUGAACUCGUUAUGCUGCUUUGUUCUCAGGAAUGGCAAAAUUCUAUUCAGAAGAAUGCAGGACUUGCAUUUAUUGAACUCAUCAAUGAAGGAAGAUUACUAUGCCAUGCUAUGAAGGACCAUAUAGUUCGUGUCGCAAAUGAAGCUGAGUUUAUUUUGAACAGACAGAGGGCUGAGGAUGUACAUAAACAUGCAGAGUUUGAGUCUCAGUGUGCCCAGUAUGCUGCUGAUAGAAGAGAGGAAGAAAAGAUGUGUGACCAUCUUAUAAGUGCCGCUAAACAUCGAGAUCACGUUACGGCAAACCAACUGAAACAGAAGAUCCUCAAUAUUCUCACAAACAAGCAUGGCGCUUGGGGAGCAGUUUCUCAUAGCCAAUUGCAUGAUUUCUGGCGUUUGGAUUACUGGGAAGAUGAUCUUCGUCGAAGGAGACGAUUUGUUCGUAAUGCGUUUGGCUCCACUCAUGCUGAAGCACUGCUCAAAGCUGCAGUAGAAUAUGGCACUGAAGAAGAUGUGGUAAAGUCCAAGAAAACCUUCAGAAGUCAAGCAAUAGUGAAUCAGAACGCAGAGACAGAACUUAUGCUGGAAGGGGAUGAUGAUGCAGUCAGCUUGCUGCAGGAGAAAGAAAUCGACAAUCUUGCAGGCCCAGUGGUUCUCAGUACCCCAGCCCAGCUCAUCGCUCCUGUGGUGGUGGCCAAGGGGACUCUCUCCAUCACCACGACAGAAAUCUACUUCGAGGUAGAUGAGGAUGAUCCUGCCUUCAAGAAGAUCGACACGAAAGUUCUUGCAUACACUGAAGGACUUCACGGAAAAUGGAUGUUCAGCGAGAUACGAGCUGUCUUUUCAAGACGUUAUCUUCUACAAAACACUGCUUUGGAAGUAUUUAUGGCAAACCGAACCUCGGUUAUGUUCAAUUUCCCCGAUCAAGCAACAGUAAAAAAAGUUGUCUAUAGCUUACCUCGGGUUGGCGUAGGGACCAGCUAUGGUUUGCCACAAGCCAGGAGGAUAUCACUGGCCACCCCUCGCCAGCUUUACAAAUCUUCCAACAUGACUCAGCGUUGGCAAAGAAGGGAAAUUUCCAACUUCGAAUACUUGAUGUUUCUUAAUACUAUAGCAGGACGAACAUAUAAUGACCUGAACCAAUAUCCUGUGUUUCCAUGGGUAUUAACAAACUACGAAUCAGAAGAAUUGGACUUGACUCUCCCAGGAAACUUCAGGGAUCUAUCAAAGCCAAUCGGUGCUUUGAACCCAAAGAGAGCUGUGUUUUAUGCAGAACGUUAUGAGACAUGGGAAGAUGAUCAAAGCCCCCCCUACCAUUAUAAUACACAUUACUCAACAGCAACAUCUACCUUAUCCUGGCUUGUUCGAAUUGAACCUUUCACAACCUUCUUCCUCAAUGCAAAUGAUGGAAAAUUUGACCAUCCAGAUCGAACCUUCUCAUCGGUUGCAAGGUCAUGGAGAACCAGUCAGAGAGAUACUUCUGAUGUAAAGGAACUAAUUCCAGAGUUCUAUUACCUACCAGAGAUGUUUGUCAACAGUAAUGGAUACAAUCUUGGAGUCAGAGAAGAUGAAGUUGUGGUAAAUGACGUUGGUCUUCCCCCUUGGGCAAAAAAACCUGAAGACUUUGUACGGAUCAACAGGAUGGCCCUGGAAAGUGAAUUUGUUUCUUGCCAACUCCAUCAGUGGAUUGACCUUAUAUUUGGCUACAAACAGCGAGGACCAGAAGCAGUCCGUGCUCUGAAUGUUUUUCACUACUUAACCUACGAAGGCUCUGUGAAUCUGGAUAGUAUCACUGACCCUGUGCUCAGGGAGAUUCCAGAAGUUUAUUUCAUUAGAGAUCCCCAUACGUUCCUUCUUACCAAGGACUUUAUUAAGGCCAUGGAGGCACAGAUACAGAACUUUGGACAGACGCCAUCUCAGUUGCUUAUUGAGCCACAUCCACCUCGGAGCUCUGCCAUGCACCUGUGUUUCCUUCCACAGAGUCCACUCAUGUUUAAAGAUCAGAUGCAACAGGAUGUGAUCAUGGUGCUGAAGUUCCCGUCCAAUUCUCCGGUGACCCACGUGGCAGCCAACACCUUGCCCCACCUGACCAUCCCUGCAGUGGUGACCGUGACCUGCAGCCGACUGUUUGCAGUGAAUCGAUGGCAUAACACAGUAGGCCUCAGAGGAGCUCCAGGAUACUCCUUGGACCAAGCACAUCAUCUUCCUAUUGAAAUGGACCCCUUAAUCGCCAAUAACUCUGGUGUGAACAAACGGCAGAUCACAGACCUUGUUGACCAGAGUAUACAAAUCAAUGCACAUUGUUUUGUGGUCACAGCAGAUAAUCGCUAUAUUCUUAUCUGUGGAUUCUGGGAUAAGAGCUUCAGAGUUUACUCUACAGAAACAGGGAAAUUAACUCAGAUUGUGUUUGGCCACUGGGACGUGGUCACGUGCUUGGCCAGGUCGGAGUCAUACAUAGGCGGGGACUGCUACAUUGUUUCUGGGUCUCGAGAUGCUACCCUACUUCUCUGGUACUGGAGUGGGCGACACCAUAUCAUAGGGGACAACCCGAACAGCAGCGACUAUCCUGCCCCAAGAGCUGUCCUCACAGGCCAUGACCAUGAAGUUGUCUGUGUUUCUGUCUGUGCAGAACUUGGACUUGUUAUCAGUGGUGCUAAAGAGGGUCCUUGCCUUGUCCACACCAUCACUGGAGAUUUGUUGCGAGCCCUUGAAGGACCAGAGAACUGCUUGUCCCCGCGCUUGAUUUCCGUCUCAAGUGAAGGCCACUGUAUCAUAUACUAUGAACGAGGACGAUUCAGCAAUUUCAGCAUUAAUGGGAAACUUUUGGCUCAGAUGGAGAUCAAUGAUUCAACACGGGCCAUUCUCCUGAGUAGCGAUGGCCAGAACCUGGUGACUGGAGGGGACAAUGGUGUGGUGGAGGUCUGGCAGGCCUGUGACUUCAAGCAGCUGUACAUUUACCCUGGAUGUGAUGCUGGCAUUAGAGCAAUGGACUUAUCCCAUGACCAGAGGACUCUGAUCACUGGCAUGGCUUCUGGUAGCAUCGUAGCUUUUAAUAUAGAUUUUAACCGGUGGCAUUAUGAGCAUCAGAACAGAUACUGAAGACAAAUGAAGAACCAAAAGCCAAGUUAAAGCUGAGAGCACAAGUGCUGCAUGGAAAGGCAAUAUCUCUGGUGGGAAAAAACUCGUCUACAUCGACCUCCGUUUGUACAUUCCAUCACACCCAGCAAUAGCUGUACAUUGUAGUCAGCAGCCAUUUUACUUUGUGUGUUUUUUCACGACUGAACACCAGCUGCUACCAAGCAAGCUUAUAUCAUGUAAAUUAUAUGAAUUAGGAGAUGUUUUGGUAAUUAUUUCAUAUAUUGUUGUUUAUUGAGAAAAGGUAGUAGGACGCUUCACAAGAGACUUUUGACAAUUCUGAGGAACCUUGUGUCCAGUUGUUACAAAGUU